AUGUUAGAUAUGAAUUCAAAGAAUAUAAUCGAAGAAGAUACUGAAACAACAAUGGAGAAAACUAUUUUACUUAAUAUUCCACCACGAUUACAAUGGGAUAAUGGCAAUGGUUAUUGUGGUGAAACAGCUCUUCAGUCUAUCGGUCUCUAUUAUGGUGCUUGGAUUUCUCAAAAAUUGAUCUGUGAUAUAAAUAAAGGUGAAUAUCUAUUGCAGCCAGUGACAUCCAAUGAUCAUCGAGAACCAUUGCGUACUUUGACAAUACUUCAUUUCACAUACAAUGAAUGGGAUUGGAUUAAUUCUCCUCAACCACAAUUUCGUCAUUUUUGUGAUUGGAUGAAACGAUCAAUUAUACGACGACAUCCUGUCAUAUUUGGUAUUUUUCUUCCCGGAAUGAGUUAUGAAGAUUAUGAUCAUAUUGUUCCAGCAGUUGGCAUACGAUAUCAAAAUGAAGAUCAAUAUGAUCCACAUGAUAAAAUCAUCUAUCAUGAUUUAUAUGAGGAUAGACGAUUCGAGAAAAAUCUCAACGAAGACGAAUUUGGAGCAACUAGAGAAACUAUCAAUGAUGGAGUAGAUGAUGACGACGAUGAUGAAGAAGAAAGUGAUGAAGAAGAAAGUAAUGAUGAUGAUGAAGAUGAUGAAGGAUGUUUACCAUUGUUUGUCGAGUAUGGUAUAGCUAUUACUGGUAUUGUUGAUGAAGAUUCCGUAACAUUACCAGUUCACUUAUCUGUUUCUGAAUGUGAUGAACCUAAUCCAGUAUUUCGAGAAGAUCCCAUAGAAAUGCUUGGAACUGUUACAGUAAAUAAUUUAACAAUUGGAUGUUUCUAUGCACUCUUGCGAUAUUCAUCUUAUGAAUCUGUGCCAACUAGAGGAAAUGUCAAUGCUUUUCUACAAUCUGAUUUUGAUCAGAAACAUGAAUUUAUGGCAGUCAACACGGAUUAUGUGUAUGAGGAUCCAAAGGCAAUAGUAUCAACUGGAUCCGUCUACUAUCGUUGUGUUUUAAUAUCUGAGUAA